AGAAAACGAGGAAGUCAUGUGUCUGGAGUCGCUGGCGGAGCUUCGCGUUCAGCCAUGUCGCUGCUGAAAAACUCUUUGUUUUCGGCAGUCUUGGUGAUAAAUGUUUACAGUCUUGUGUACGGAGAACUCGACUCAGCUCCGUCGGUGAGUCCCGCCGCUGCCGCCGUGUUUAAACCCGGCGCGGACUCCGCGUUCCCCCUCAGCCUGCUGUCUUCCCCGGACGACCCGUACAGUAGCGACUACUGCACCGACCUGCUCCACAUCUUCGGCCAGCGGUACGUCACCUACGUCAACUGCUUGGUUCCCGCGGCUCGACCCGUUAAAGUGUGCCAGAACUGCUUCUCCAGCUACGGCAGCUUCGUGGAGAUCUACAGAAACAUCUCGGAUGAGAAGGGUCCCGGAAAUGAGAGCUGCAGGGACCAGCUCCUGCGCAGCGAUCGGCUGAUGCUGGUUUACCUGCUGUACAACAACCUGAAAGACCUGUGGGGCCGCUCAAACUGUGAUCAAUGCAUCACCGAAAAUUUCCACAGCCUGACCAACGACACACUCUACUUCAUGACUGUUCACAAUCAAACUAUCUCCUGCUUCCAGAAGUAUGAACAGGGGAACCACACAGAUCUCUGCAAAAACUGUAAGCCCUUCUACAAAGAUCUGAAUGAGCUUUACAGUGGGAUGGAGAAGAAUCAGACGCUGUGCAUCGACAUCGAGGACGCGAUGAACAUGACGCGCAGACAGUGGAGCAAGAGCUUCAACUGCUCCCUCCCCCGCGAGGAGACCGUGCCUGUCAUCGCCGUGUCCAGCUUCAUGGUCUUUCUGCCCAUCAUCUUCUACUUGAGCAGCUUCCUUCACUCGGAACAAAAGAAACGCAAGCUCAUACACCCCAAGCGAGCGAGGUCGUACACCAGCAUGAUGAACAUUCAGGACAAACUCAGCUGAAGAGAACUCUCCAGGAACUCUCCGACUCCUCUCCUGUCGGCUUUGUGCCUGAAGUUUGACUGAACGUCGCGCGCACCCUUCAGCAGCCGUUUCAAAGCUCUGUCAACCAAACAACAGUCAGUAGUCGGCUGCGAGGAACGGAAGAUGAAAUGCACUGAGCAUGUUUUGAACUUUGUCUUUCACAUUCCCAGAACCUUUAUUUCUUUUUAUCAAAUCAAAGUGUCAUUUCUGGAUUUGGGACUCAUUGAGAUUUUACCUGCUGCGUUUGCCCCGACCUGGAGCUCAUAAAGAUAAUAGCUGUGUUAAAUGUGUCACGUUAAAGCUUAAAUUCUGGAUCUGUGAAGCCGGACGUGGAAUCGAUGUAAUCGAUAUGUCACUUGGUGAACUUCUGAUCAGAGGGCGGUGCGUUGUUGUGCGAUUGGCGCCUCCAGCUCAGGACGCUGCUGUUUUAACUCGUUAAUGGCCUUCCGUGUGUCCGGUACAUCCUGCUGUCACCAGAGAGUGCGAGUGGCUUGAACACAAUGCGUGAGCGUGUGUGUGUGUGCGCGUGUGUGUGUGUGUGUGUUAUCUAUUUAUGGAUUGAGAAAUGGGUUUUUCUGUCUCUAAUGUAUGUCCAGAGCAGAGCCGCAAAAAAGAGGCACUUGAUGUCCAUUAGUGGUGACAUGUAUCUGCUGUAAGAAGAAGGGUCCACAUCCGCCAGUGGGGGGGAGGAGGAGUAAAUAAAGACAUAACACACAUAAUGUAAGAGCACUCCAGAGUAGCACACUGUAAUGUUGCCUGUUUUCCAGUCACAUUUUUUUUGUGGUUGCAUAAAGCUUUUAACGCGCUUUGUUGUUGUUUCCCACUGAUGUUUAACUUAAUUUGUUAAAGGUUUCUGACUGCUCAGGAGAGAGACGUCGGCUUUUCGCAGUGAUGAGUGCCGACUUGAUGAGUUUGCUGUGAAGCAAUGUAAAACCUGUGAAUUAUUUUGAAUGCAUAUUAGCGCAAAUAAAUGGUUUUAUGUUACAAAGUCACCAUUGACACUUUCGCAUUGUGACGAUUUACUAUUAAAUGGAUGUUUAUUUUGAAAUGAGUCAUUUAUUGCG